UUGAGGUUACGAUGGAAACCACCGUUUCUAGUGGCACUUUCGGCAGGAUUUUCGUUUCAAGAGAAAGGUAUCUCUGACGAUGAGAUUAUCGCCGAAAAAUCCAUACCACUGCAUAUGGAUGAGACUGGCGAUUGGGAGAAGAAAAUUUGUAGUGAUAUUACACCGCGCGAUUUUGUGGAUACGCAAAUUGAUUUGGAGUAUCGUCAGAAAUGGGAUUCAAAUGUGCUGAAGUUGGAAUUNUUGUACGACGAUAAAGAGAGUGAUUCACAGGUGAUCAGAUGGAUACAUAAGUUCCCGUAUCCGAUGUAUCCCAGAGAGUAUAUCUAUGUGAGGAGGAGAUACGUGGACGAAGAGGAUCGCAGUGUGGUGAUAGCAAGUAGUGCCCUCGAUGAGAGUUUGCUGCCAUCGAGCAACAAUUUCGUUCGAGUGCAAACCUAUCGCUCGGUUAUGGUUGUUCGAGCACAUCACAGUUUCGACGAGAUGGGACUGGAUUAUGUGCUGACCUACUAUGAUAAUCCUGAAAGUAACAUUCCAUCGUAUGCGUACAAUUGGGUGAUCAAUCGUGGUGGACCGAUAUUCCUACAACAGGUUCAUGCAGCUGCACUGGAAUUGGGGAAAACACGUUCGGAAAGUUGUUUGGCGAACAAUUUGGCCAAGAAAAUGGAUGAAAUAGAAUCGAAGAUGAGCACUGCAAAUGAGGCGGAAUUCGUGAGUGGUGCUGUGGGUGAGGGUGAGGGUGAAACGGGGCCUGAGGCAGAGAUGAGAAAAGAAAUCGAAGAUCGUGAGAUUUUCGAUGAGCUAGCCGAGAGAGCAGGCCUACAAGGAAUGCCAGAGGGUCUGAAGACUUUACUGAAAGCAUGGCAUGAUCGAUUGACAUCAUGCGAAACACCAGAAAUGUUGUUUGACUAG